AUGGAAGAUGGUUAUACCUUUAUCAAAAAAAACACACUUGUGUAUGAGUGGGAAAUAGAUCAAGCAAGCUCGCGCAUAGUAUACAGAGAAAAUCAACCUCUCACCACUUUAAAAUCAUCAACAUUUUCUACACAAGCUGAAAUUGCACAUAAGCUGGGCCUUAAAUUGUAUUUCAAUAGUGAUAAAUAUAAACGUAACGAUUUUUUGGAGUUAUUUAUAAGUAAUUUAGGAAAUAAUUGUGUAAAAGUUGAUUUUUCAAUUGGCAUCUUAAAUAGUCAACGAAAAAGAUGUUUGGUGCAAGAUCUUGCAUUAACUUUGAUUGCGGGAAGUACUAGAGGUUUUUAUGAAGGUUUCAGAAAACAAUUAUUAUUGGCAAAUAAAUCGUUAUUAAUGCCCAAUGAUUUAUUAACAAUAUGUGCUGAAGUGACGAUAAAAGAAGAAACUAAAAUUCCAGUUGGAAAAUUAUUAAUUUCUCCAAAAAGUCACUUAUCAACAGAUUUUAGAGUUCUUUACAACAGCAGAGAAUGCAGCGAUGUCACGAUUGUUAUUGGAGAUGAAAAAAUAAAAGCUCACAGAUUAAUGCUAAAAACACGCAGUCCAGUUCUAGCAGCAAUGUUUACUCACGAGUUAGAUGAAAAAAAAUCCAAUCAAGUUUUUAUAACAGACAUAACAGCUGAUACCUUUCAGAAGCUCUUGGAAUUUAUUUACACUGAUGAAGUUUCAGAUUUGAAUGCCAUCGCUGAGGAUUUACUGGAAGCCGCUGAUAAAUACCAGAUAUUGUCACUUAAAGAGAUGUGUGAAGUAUCCCUCUGCAAAUCCUUGGAACCUGAAAACGCCAUUAGAAGGAUGGACCUCGCUGAUCGGCACAAUGCUCCGUACUUGCUGGAAUAUGUCACUAAAUGCAUCAUAGCUGAUCCUGGGAAAAUUAUCGAAACUGAGGAUUUUGGAAAAUUCGAAAAAUUCAAUCCGCAUUUGGGGUUGAAAUUGUUCAAGAGACUCGCGGUUGCUAAUAUUGACAAUAAGGGUGUCAUUAAGUAUUCAACAACUUAA